ACGUGAGUACCCGGGGUGGGGGGGGGACAAACAUGGCCGACGAGGCGGUGGAAGUAAACACAGCAGUCGGGGAUGUCGAGUCAAAACAACAACCGCAUGAGCCCGAAGUUUCGGGAGCGGAGACCGACUGCGAGGCCGGCGACAGCGACGGACCGGCCCGGGCGGCCCGGCCGACCCCGGCGGCGGAGAACACCUGGUCGGCUCCGCUCCUGUCUCUGGCUCGGAAGGCCACGGAGACGAUUAGCAGCGGCGUGAGCUACGCUGCUGCCCCGAGGUAUGCCCCACAGGGACCCGCUGCGAGCGCCCCGACGGACAGGGAACCCGAAAAUGGUCUCGGCAGCGCUUCUAAAACACUUCCGGUCCUGCCUCCCAAAGACCCCAUGGCUAUAGAGAGAUCCAACCUCCUCAGCAUGAUGAAGCUGAGCAUCAAAGUGUUGAUCCAGUCCUCCUUGAGUCUGGGCAGGACGCUGGACUCGGAGUACCCUCCCCUGCAGCAGUUCUUUGUCGUCCUUGAGCAUUGCCUGAAACACGGUCUGAGAGCCAAGAAAUCUUUCAUUGGUCAGAACAAGUCCAUAUGGGGCCCCCUGGAACUGGUGGAGAAGUUGUGUCCAGAGUCCCUCAACAUCGCCACGAGUGCAAGAGACCUACCAGGCAUUAAGACUGGUUUAGGGAGAGCAAGGGCUUGGCUGCAUUUGGCGCUCAUGCAGAAGAAAGUAGCUGACUACAUGAAAGCUUUGCUAGACUGCAAGGACCUCCUGAGUGAGUUUUAUGACUCUGGAGCAUUGAUGAUGGAGGAGGAGGGGGCGGUGAUGGGGGGACUGCUGGUGGGCCUCAACGUAAUUGACGCCAACCUGUGUAUUAAAGGGGAGGAUCUCGAUUCUCAGGUGGGAGUCAUUGACUUCUCCCUUUACCUGAAAGAUCCAGCCAACAGUGAGACUAAAAAAGACGAUGCCAAGAUGACAGCCAUAUUGGAUCAGAAGCACUACAUUGAGGAAUUAAAUCGUCACCUGAGCGGCACCGUGACUGACCUUCAGGCGAAGAUGGACUCUAUAGAGAAGACCAACAGCAAACUUGUAGAGGAGCUGACAGCAGCGACGGACAGAAUCAACUCUCUGCGGGAAGAACAGGAACAGCUGAGAAAUGAGAAUGAGUCGAUCUUGCAGUCCAGCCAGAAAAAGGAAGAGGCGGCCCUUCACGACAGCCAAGUGGAGCUAGAGACGUACAAACAGACCAGACAAGGCCUGGAUGAGAUGUAUACUGUUGUGUGGAAGCAGUACAAAGAGGAAAAUCACAUUCGCCAGGAACUGGAGCGCGAGCUGGAGCUACAGGUGGGAUUUAAGCAGGAGAUGGAGGUGGCUAUGAAGUUGCUGGAGAAGGACACGCACGAGAAACAGGACACGCUGGCCGCCCUGCGACUGCAACUCGACAAAGUAAAGACGCUCAACCUGCAAAUGUUCCACAAAGCUCAGGACUCUGAACGAGAAGCAGAAAAAAAACAGACAGAGGCUGCGCAGCUUGAGCAGAGGAUGAAUGAAAUGGAGAAAGUGAUGAUGGAGCUAGAGCAGAGACUUCAGAACUCGGAGCAGGAGUGCAAACAGAGCGACCAGUCAGACAAAGACAUGCGAGUGGAGCUGGAAGGAAAAGUGGAUGCUUUGCAGCAACAACUGACUGACCUGGAUACACUAAGACUGGGUCUGGAGACGGAGCUGCGCACCGAGAAGGAACAGAGGCAAAGUCUGCAAAAAGCCCUCCAGAGGGAACAGGACAACAGCAUGGAGUUCCGCACGCAGCUGCAACAGCUGCAGGGCCUGAACACGGAGCUGCAGGAGCUGAAGCAGGAGAAGCAGCAGCUGCAGCAGAAGUGUGAGCAACAGGAACAGGCUCUACAGGAGAUGGGUCUGCACCUCAGCCAGUCUAAGCUCAAGAUGGAGGACUUCAAGGAGGUCAACAAAGCCCUGAAGGGCCACGCUUGGCUUAAGGACGACGAGGCCACCCAAUGCAAACAAUGCCAGAAGGAAUUCUCCAUCGCCCGCAGAAAGCACCACUGCAGAAACUGUGGGGACAUCUACUGCAACAGCUGCUCUAGCAACGAACUGGCCUUACCGUCCUACCCACGGCCUGUGCGGGUGUGCGACAUGUGCCACUCCCUCCUGCUACAGAGAAGCUCCUCCAAGGCUUCCUGACUAAAACACCUGCGAGCUGAAAUGUUUCUACAAGAGCUUUCUACUAAAUACACUGCACAUGCUCAUCCACUAUGAAAUGUCCUAAAUGAUGGUUGUUUGAAAAAGUCAUCAAAUGUAGGGAAAUGUGAUUUGGAGUUCCAUUUACACCGUAACCUGAAAUUCAGGAACAUGAGUCUGUAUGUUUCACGAGGGGCCGCCUUUAACACUGAUGAGAUGAGCUAAUGUCCUUUGUGCAGAUUUGAUUUAGCUCAGAUGAUAAAUUAGUUUAUAAUUAUUUAAAUUUUUACUCCUGGCUGGAAUAACCGGUUUCAAGAUUUGGUACUCACUCGAUAAACUGGUCAUUUUAAAGUUUGUAGCUGUUCAAAGUGGAUGUAGCUUAUGUUGAUCUCAUCAAGGUUACUGCUGGUUUUCAGCUUAAUACAUGUUUACUUCACUUUGAUAUUGUUCCAACUUGUCAUGCAUCUACUAAUAAUGUUCACAGAUACAGGCCCACUGCUGGAAACAUUGUGUAAAUGACUGUAGAAUGUUAACAAAUCAACUAUUUUAGAAUGUAUAAUGACAGCAGGGUUUUAUGGAUCGUGUCGACUGCCAUUAAGCCAUUUUCUUAAUUGAUUUGGGAAUGGUGACUAAGAUUUUUUUUAUCCUGAUAUUUGAUAACAUGAAUAAACCCUCCUGUUUUGCAAAA